GGGGGCAGUAGAGACAGUUUUUCAAGUCCCGCCAAAUGACGUCUGCUGAAGAAGAAGAACUCAACUGUUAUGGUACGAGAGAGUCACCAUGGGCAAGCGUAAAGAUCAGCUCAGGCGAAAAGAUCUGUCUAAGAUGGUGGUGGCGUGUGAGUGGGGGUCCUGCUCCUUUAAAGGCACCAGGAUGGAGGACCUGAGCGAACACAUGUCUCAGCACCUGAAGGACCAUGUAAGCGAGGGAGACACCCUAGACGAACUCGAUGACUACCCGUGCCUGUGGCGUGGCUGUGAGUUUGUGGCUAUGGGCAAUGCCAAAGAGUUGGCGGUGCACGCGCACUUCCACGUGUUUCACGCCAAGCUGAUGUUCGUGGGCCGGCAGCAGCUGCAGGCACAUCCAGAGCUGCCCACCUGCACCCAGGAGCUCAACAGCAGCAACCUCAUCACCGAGCUGGGAGACGCCUUUGUGUGCGAGUGGGAGCACUGUGACAGCACGUUCAACAACGCUGAGUGGUUCUAUCGACAUGUGGAUAUGCAUGCCCACUGCACUGAGCUGCGUGCCUUACCUGAUCGCCAGCAGGUGCUCUUCUGCAGUUGGAAAGGCUGCGAGGCCUUCUUUAAGAUCAAAUAUCGGCUGCGGGAACACCUGCGUAGCCACACACAGGAACGGAUCGUCGCCUGCCCCACCUGUGGAGGAAUGUUCUCCAGCAACACCAAGUUCUUCGACCACAUCCAGCGCCAGGCCCAGCCCGACGAGACGCUGAUAUGUGGUCACUGUGAUAAACGCUUCGCUAAUGAGAGGCUCCUGAGAGACCACGUACGCCAGCAUGUGAACCAUAUAAAGUGCCCUCUGUGUGAUAUGACCUGUACAUCUCUGGCAACGCUGAAGAUCCACAUCAAGUUUCGUCACUGUGAUGAGCGGCCAUUCCCGUGUGACUUCUGCGAGAGCUGCUUUAAGAACCAGCACGACCUCAGGAAACACAUGGAGACGCAUAACGAGGGCGAGUACCAGUGCCAAGUGGAUGGAUGCUCCUACACCUCACGGAUGUCCCACACUAUGCGUCAGCACUACAGGAGAUUCCACGAGGGUGCGACAGUGUCGCGGUAUAAGUGCCACCUGUGUGAUAAGACCUUUUCCUGGUGCUACACCUUGACGCUCCACCUGCGGAACAAACACCAGCUCAAGUGGCCCUCCGGACACGCACGUUUCAGGUAUAAGAAAGAUGAGGAUGGUUUCAUGCGUCUGAACAUGGUGCGUUACGAGACGGUAGAGGUGACGCAGGAGAUCAUGAAGAACAUGGCCAAGAAGCGCACGCCACGCAAGUCCCCUGUGGCCGGCCCUCUGCCCAAACGCCCCGCCCUCGAGUCAUCCACAGAUGACUCCUCUGACCCUGAUCCCUCCGCGCCGUCCUCCCCUGACCCGCCUGAGCUGUUAGAAGGCCACGCCUCCUCGCCCCGUCCACACGAGGAGGCGGGGCCUGUGUACUGUGUCCUGAAGACCCUGUCGCACGUAGGGGCGGAGCAGGAGGAAGACGAGCAGGCGGAGUCAAGCGGCAGCCAAUCAGGAGCAGAGAGGGCGCUGGCGGCCGUGGCAAGGGGGCUGGGCAUGGAUGUGGUGUGAAAUGUCAGGGGUCAGGCUGAGGAGGAGGAUGAAAAGGACUUCCUUCACGUAUUCUUUAUAGCUCAUCUGUGUGUGUGUGUGUGUGUGUGUGUGUGUGUGUGUGUGUGUGUGUGCUCCCUUCCCUUAUUCUUUAUAGCUUACCUGAGUGUGUGUGUGUGUGUGUGUGUGUGUGUGUGUGUGUGUGUGUGUGUGUGUGUGUGUGUGUGUGUGUGUGUGUGUGCUCCCUUCCCUUAUUCUUUAUAGCUCACCUGAGUGUGUGUGUGUGUGUGCGUGCGUGUGCGUGCGUGUGUGUGUGUGUGUACUAGGGAUGAUGUGGUUGUUAGCCAGUCUGAAGGAACCUGCCAUAAGAUCACCUGCACACAGGCUUAGAUGUGGCCUAGCGUUUAAGAUUAGUCUGGAAGAUACUUCCUGAAAUGUGAAUGUUCUAAUGAGCCAGAUUUUAGAGAUUUUAUCUGUUUUAUAAUGUUUGCUGUUUUUGGUCGGGAAUGGAAUGGUGUGGAGACACUACCAUGGUUGUGUAGGAACCAGUUAUUGUGGGAGGGGUCUGAUCACCUGGACCAAUAAGAUUGUGAGAAUGGCCUGAUGAGUGAAUAAAGGCUGUUAGGAAUCCGGUUUCCUGACCAGAUCAUGAGACUUCACUCGGACAUCUGCUUCACAUCAGAUCUCUCAUUCACAGACCUGCUCCAACACUUCUGUUCAUUUGCACAUGGCCUCAGUGUCCACAUAGAGAGAGCACUGAUAUAUUAACUUUUUUUAUUUUAUUUAAUUUUUUAACAGGUUUUCUCCAUUGUAUUUUUAUAGAGCGCUGUUGGUAUGUUUUAUAUUUGGCAGAUGGCUGGUGUGGCUAGCUGAGACUCAGGAGCAGAGUGCUGCUUUGCUACAGGACGUUUGCUGGCUCAUAGGACAGCUGGGGGGGGUGGGGGGUUAAUCCAGAGAAAGUGGUAAACUUGUUAAUAGUGGAGCCCUAUAGCUUUAUUCACCUAGCAAAGCAAAGCCAUAAUGCUCCUCUUUUAGGAGGUUAACGGCUUACUGUGAGUUGACUCACCCAGGCCACCAUGCUCUGCUCUGUCCUGGCUGGAGGGAACUUUGAACACUGACCUGGUGUAAAUAAAAUGAUGUUCAAAACAAAA